AUGUCUCUUGUUAAAAUCCUCCUUACCGGCGCAACAGGUUAUAUUGGCGGAGACCUUCUCAUUGACCUCUUGGAAAGAUCCUCGGAGUUCGAAGUUUAUGUCCUCAUUCGAGGCAACGAACGCUCCAGCACGUUCGAAAAACUCGGCGCCAAGGUCGUUGUCGGUAGCCAGGACGAUCAUGAUUUUCUUACCAAGACUGCAUCCGGAUUUGAUGUCAUUAUUAAUAUAGCAGAUAGUGUUAAUGUCAGCAUCACAAAAGCUUUUUUGCUGGGUCUAGAGCAGGGAAAGCAACAGCAUCAUCAUAAAGCCAUCCUCAUUCAAACUUCCGGUAGCGGCGUUGUUCUAGAACCCACCGCAGGAGAAUAUGCUACUGAAAAGAUAUGGAGUGAUUUAGACGUACAGGCUUUUUACGAACUGCCCCUCCAAGCUCCACACCGUGAAUUGGAUAUCUUUGUUACAGAGUACCCUCAGGACAAAGUGACAACCGCCAUCAUAUCUCCAAGCAAUAUUUAUGGUGUCGGUAGAGGCCCUUAUAACCGCUUAUCGUUUAUCAAUAUUGCUCACGAGCGAGUUGCAAUCAAGUACAGAAAACCUUAUGUCGUCGGUAAAGGCGACAAUAUCUGGUCCACUAGCCAUAUCAAAGAUCUCUCCUCUGCGUACAUAAGCCUUCUAGAUGGACUUUUGCAUGGAACCGCUGGUCAUGGAUUAGAGGGUUACUACUUCGUAGAAGCUAGUCAAGUUCGUAUGGCGGAAGUCGUUCAAAAAAUUGCCGAAGUCCUCCAAAAGAAGGGUCUCCUGGAAGAUACUAAUCUCAUCGAUAUGCCAGAGGAAGUGCUUCAAGACCCAGCCGUUAUGCCGGCCUUUUUUGUUGAAUAUCCAGGUUUGGCCAAACUCGCUUUAGGUGGAACAAGUAGAAUAAGCGCUGAUCGUCUGAGAAAAAUUGGAUGGAAGCCGGAGCAUACAGACCCACUGGAUGCAGUCGCUCAUGAGAUUGAUGUUCUGCUUGCCGAAUAGAUAUAAUCCGAACAUGUCUCCACGCCAGAUACCUCAUUCAAUUGUAAAUUAUAUAAGCAGAUC